CUUGCACAGUCGUUGACAUCAACUAACGUUACUUAGUGGCAAGUUAACGGCAAUUAGCAGGAAUGACAGCAAAAAUUAAGCAAAUGAGGCUUUGGGGAUUUUUCCGAAAGAAAUCAGUGGGGUUAAGUUUCAGUUUUCAUUCUAAGUUUGACCCUCCCAUCUCUGGGAAAGGACUAUAAAACAGUGUCUGGACCAUCUUCGGCAUCAUACAGCUUCUGAAGCAUUUAUUGUACAGGCAACCAAGAUGAGUGUGAAUCAGGACAGAUCUUUAAGAGAAAAUCUUCUCCAGCUGGAAUGCCACUUUACUUGGGCCUUGAUAAAAGAUGAUUUCAAUGUAACGGAUGUUCUCAGUAGACUAGAAGAACAGAUUAAGUUAGAUCUGAGAAAGAAGGAGGGACUUGCACAAACUUACAGUGCUUUGGCAUAUGUAAAAUUCCUUUUGGAGUUUCAUGAAGAGGCACUUUGCAACCUCAUGACAUCUGUGAAGCUCAGCAUGGAAUGCCAUGGGGAGGAAUUCCACAAGACUCUCAUUGUCACCUAUGGAAACCUUGCCUGGAUGAACUACCACAUGAAGAACUAUACAGAGUGUGAAAGUUACCUGAAGAAACUUCAGAAGAUAAAUGAACUGAUUCCAACUGAAUCUUCAUCUGUUCCAGAGGUGCUUGGUGAGAAGGGAUGGACCUUUCUUAAAUUUUCUCCCACGUACUACGACAGAGCCAAAGAAUGUUUCAGAAAGGCCUUAGAACAGGAACCAGAAGAAGGUGAGUGGAACGCUGGUUAUGCCAUCGCUUUGCAUCGCACUGAAUACGAGUCCUUCACUUUAGAGGAUUCCCUCACAAUCAAGCAACUGAGACGGGCCAUUGACACAAAUCCAGAUGAUGAUGUUCUUAAGGUUCUCCUAGGGAUGCGACUGGCAGUUUACAAGAGGUACGAUGAGGCCGAAAUCUUGGUAGAGAAGGCUUUAGAAAGAUCUCCAGAACACCCGCAUGUCAUGCGAUAUGUGGGGAAAUACUUCAGGAAUAAAGGAUGUGUUGAUAGGUCUAUGACUCUGUUGAAGAGAGCACUUGAAAAUGCACCAAAUUCAAGUUUCAUUCAUCAUCAGUUAGCUCUCUGCUAUAAGCUUAAGAAAAUUCAACUGCUGCAGGAGGGAAGCCACCAUGCCAAGAUGUCUAAGGUUCAACAAAUUCGUGAUCUAUGUAUCUAUCAUUUGGAAAAGGCUACCACCCUAAAACCCUCCUUCAUUUCUGCAAUGAGUGAUCUGGCACUGCAGUACGGAGAACGGCGUGAACUGUCACGGGCUGAUGAGCUAUUUGAGAUCACAUUUAAAACAGCCAAACAGAAAAAUGACAAUCUCCAUGUGAUCAACUUUUACUAUGCUGAAUUCCAGCUGCAUUGCCACAAAUGUGAGGCUUUGGCUAUCAAGCACUACAUGGAAUGUCUGAAGAUGUUCCCAGAAUCAAUUGAAGGGAAGAAAAGUGCCUACAAUUUGAAAAAGAUCGCUGAUAAACGUAUCCAUAGAAACACAGAUGAUGCAGAUGCUCAUGGGAUACUAGGUUUCAUUCACAGAGUGAAAGGAGAGAACCGUCAAGCCAUUGAGUGCUAUGAGAAAGCUCUGAGUUAUGGAGACAAUGCUGAGUACCUCAGUAACCUUUGUGCUCUCAGGCUGUCUUUAAAGUAAAAUCACAACAUUAGGCCUUGUAUGUUUACUGGUGUAUAAGUAUUGUAAUAUACUGUAAGUUACUGAUUGUGCUUCGUCUACUUGCAACAAUUGCAUCUAUUCUACAUGAUUGUAAAUUGUACACUGUGUUCAAUAGAAGAUUGAUAAUAUAAAAUUGUAUUGCCUGUAUAUGCCUGUUUUAAGAUUAACCUAUCAUUGACAUAACAUCUUGUUGAAUAAAGCUAAUAAAUAUUACUCAGUAUUUCCUAAAAUUAGUUUUAAAGCGUAUAGAUACAAAUAAUCAUAAUAAUAAAUCUGUCACUCAAUCUUUUAUCUAUAUGCAGGGGUGCAUAUCAGUGUCAGGUGUUGUUUAAUAAUCCCUGAGGUAAGGGAUUUCAAAUGGCAACAUGAAUUUUGCCAAUUUGCAUGACCUUGACAGAAAAGACACUUGAAAAUGACCUGAUAUUUUUAUUAGCUGGCCUUUAGCACCUCUUGGCAACAUUGAACUUUAAGCCAUUCUUCAAGAUUUUAAGCUAUAAAGGGAUAAUUAGUUAUAAGUUUUGCACACUCUCUUACAAGUUUAUUUUAUUACCAAUGUUUCGGCAACAAGCCUUUAUUAAGGUACAAUUUCCGUACAAUGGAGAGCAGUAUAUAUAGUCAGCCAUUACACAUACAGGUGAAAGCAGUGACAUCACAAUGGACGUUUAGUAAUUAGCUAACAAGCCUGUCUCAACCAAUUAAGACAAUUUAGACAUCAGACUGAUUUAUAUGUCAUAAGAUACAUUACUUAAGCACAUUUAAAAACACGAGAUACAAUUAAAUAAUAAAAAGCCACCACAUCAUAUCAUAUUAGAGCCCUAUGCACAAACCUAUACAUACACAUAUUCAUAUAUAUGUAUGUAACUGUAGCCAGCUGGUAGGUAGCUGUGCAGUGUGUAAACCUCACUCCCCUGGCUUCAAGACGUUAGCGGCUGUAGCCUUUAGCCUCCUUGUCAGCGUACCUGCCUCCCACACCUGAGAUGCCAGUUCAAAUCCCGUUCAGAGUAGGUUGAGCGGGACCGGUUGCAGUGGUGCCGUGACCCGGAUGGGUGUGAGGUUUAGACGGGUGACUGUAACAGUAGCCAGCUGGUAGGUAACUGUGCAGUGUGUAAACCUCACUUCCCUGGCUUCAACAGGCACAAUAGCUACUGAUGUCAGAGGCCAUAGCCUAUAGCCUCCUUGUUAGUGCAUUUGCCUCCCAUACUGGAGACACCGGUUCAAGUUGAGCAGGAUGGUUGCAAAAGUGCAGGCUCUUAAUCUACAUUUUGGUAAAAUGCAUUUUUGUUUUCUAUUUAUAAUCAUGGUGGCUCAUAUGGUGUAUAUGAGCAAACUGCUUUUUAAAACCUCCUGAAUUGGGUAAUUCAUGGGAUUCUGUAAUAUUUCAGGCACCCAGACUUUAUAAA